AAACCGGUGAAUCGAAUAGAAUAGAAUUAAAAAUAUCAAGUGCUUGCGAUCGUUGCGUCAAGAACGUUAAUUUUAUUUGUGAAGUUAUUUCUAUUAGUUUUUUUUCUCAAAUCAUUAUUCAGGGGUUUUUUUUUGGCAAUUUCAACAUCUCGAGCACUCUUAGAAUGAAUUUCGGUUGGGUGCUGGUAUCGAACAAGUACCUUUCGUGAAGUCCUGGCGAGAAGAGUCCUCACGCAAUGUAUCCUCGUUCGUAUCUAAAUAUCUUUCGAGAAAAAACCUUCAGACUUUGCCACUCCAAGGCCACAAAUACGGCACGCCCUUUUCAGGAUAUUCCUGGCCCCAAAGCUUUACCGAUCGUUGGAACUUUGCACAAAUAUCUUCCCUUCAUUGGGGAAUACAGUUUCGACCGACUGCACGUGGCCGGAGCAAUAAAACUUGCGAAAUAUGGACCUCUCGUCCGAGAAGAAUUUGUACCUGGAGAAUCUACGGUUUGGGUAUUCAAGCCUGACGACAUUGCCGAGGUUUACAAGUCGGAGGUGGGUUCGUAUCCCGAGAGACGAAGUCAUUUGGCUCUUCUGAAGUACAGAAAGGACAGGAGCAACGUUUACAACACUGGAGGACUUUUGCCAACAAAUGGGGCAGAGUGGUGGAGGAUUCGAAAAGAAUUUCAGAAAGACCUGAGCAAGCCUCGCUGCAUCGUCAAUUAUGUCGAGAGCGCCGACGAAGUAGUCAGCGAAUUCGUCGAAUUAUGCGGUCGCCAAAAGCACGAAGAUUUGUUGCCAUUGCUCUCGCGACUCUUCCUCGAACUCACUUGUCUCGUCGCGUUCGACGAGAGAUUCAACAGUUUCUCGAAAGAAGAAAUGACCGAGGGAUCGAGAAGUUCGAAGUUGAUCGAGGCCGCAAUCAUCAGCAACAGUGCCGUACUCAAAUUGGACAAUGGACCAAGGCUGUGGCGCUAUUUUAAUACGCCACUUUAUAGAAAAAUGAUCGACAGCCAGCAGUACAUGGAAAAAGUUGCAGUUGAAAUGGUAUCACAAAAGCUAAAACUACUGGAAAAACGUGAGAAAGUCGAAAAAGAAUCUUUACUAGAAACUUAUUUGAAAAAUCCGAAUCUGGACGUGAAAGACGUGGUGGGAAUGGCAUGUGACAUGUUGCUGGCUGGAAUCGACACGACAUCGUACAGCAUCUCCUACGUUCUGUAUCAUCUUGGCCGAAAUCUUGAAGCUCAGGAAAAACUGUCUAAAGAAGCUGUCGCUUUAUUACCGAAUCCUGAAGAUUCCCUGACUUCCACGGCUCUACGAAGUGCGAGUUACACGAAGGCAGCGAUUAAAGAGACUUUCAGACUCAAUCCCAUUUCCGUGGGCGUUGGACGUGUCUUGCAAAAUGACGUAAUCCUCAGCGGUUAUCACGUCCCCAAAGGGACUGCAGUAGUAACGCAGAAUCAAAUCAUUUGCCGAUUGCCCGAGUAUUUUCCUGAGCCCGAUUCUUUUCUACCGGAAAGAUGGAUGCGUGACAACGAUGAUUCGAGCAUAAAGAAACCGGUGAACCCUCAUCUCGUAUUGCCUUUUGGACACGGCAUGAGAUCUUGCAUUGCCAGACGAUUGGCGGAGCAGAAUAUGCAAAUAAUAUUGCUGAAGCUCUGUCGAAGGUACAAAUUCAUUUGGGAGGGAGGGAAACUCGAUUGGCGUUCGUUGCUGAUCAACAAGCCGGACGGGCCGAUAAACCUUCGGUUUUACGAGAGAUGAUACGAGAGAUUUAAUGAAAAAGUUUUCAAGACCAAAAUCGUCGCUGUAAAAAAAUGUAUUUUAUUCGAUAAUCAGCGAAUUGCACCUCGGAAACGAGGAAGAUAAAAGCGAAAAAAAGUCUAAUUAACGGUU